AAAUUAGUGUCGGUAUUCAAGCUUAUAUUCAGCGCCAUUCGCCACAGACCAGUCACCAGUCAGUAGCGAAUUGACAGCGAGAGUCCACGCACGCGCCAAAAUGACACAAGAUAACCUCACCGCCGUGUUAUACAAGCCCAAAGAUUUAAGACUGGAACAAACUCCGAUACCCGAAAUCGACGAAGAUGAGGUACUGCUUCGUAUGGACUGCGUUGGCAUUUGCGGGUCGGACGUGCACUACUGGCAGACUGGAGCGUGCGGGGCCUUUGUUAUGCACGAACCCAUGAUCAUGGGACACGAAGCUUCAGGGGUUGUCGCAAAGGUUAGUCCCUAUAAAAAUAACGCGUUGUUUGCGGGCGCGGUGGCGCGCGAGGUCGACAUACGCGGCAUCUUCCGAUACGUCAACGAAUACCCCAUAGCACUAUCGAUGGUGGCUAGUGGACAAAUCAACGUGAAACCAUUAGUUUCCCACCAUUACAGCUUGGAGGAGACCCUAGAGGCGUACGAGGUGGCUCGCCGCGGGCUGGGCAUCAAGGUCAUGAUCCACGUCCAGCCCCGCGACGCCAACAACCCACAGUCAUAACAAAUAACCGUUAAAUAGCAGUUUGCGAAAUAACGCUAUAGCUUUUAUCUGUAUAGCACGUGACUAGGCGGCCAUUUUGAAAUCUUACUAAAAUUUUGACAUUUAAGACAAUUGACGAACCAAAUUAUAAAAAUUGUAUAAUAAUGAUGACUUUUUCUAUAUUUUCAGCAUAUAAGACAUAAUUUUAUAGAAAAUUGAUUGUGUAAUUUGAAAGUGACCAAGUUUUCUUGACUUGUUUAGUAAUACUAUGCUUUUGCCGCGUAAAAAUUAUUGCAAUAAAAUGGUGAAGGUCUCAAAAUGGAAUAUAAAAUGUACAAUUUAUUUUAUCAAAACGACAGUUGCAAUUAUAUUGAUAGGAUAUUUAAAUUAAGUUAUUGAAUGUUGUAUCGAAUUUAUUUUAUUUUUUUAAUGUCUGUGAAAAUUUUGCCUUGUUCCUGAGACAAAAAAAAAGAAAGUAAGAUUAAAGCAAGGAUUUUGUUUACUUGUACAAUAAAUAAAAACGUAGACAGAAUUUGAAAUAUAAAACUUUUUUCUAUAAAGAUUAAAUUAAUAUUGACGAAAUACUAAUAGGUAUUUAUUAUUAAUACAGGGAUAGAGAAAAUUAAAUGUGACCUAUACAUUUAUAGAAAACUGCAGCGAUUUCUAGUCAUUAGGAAAACAAAUUUUCACAGACUUUUUAUGACGAAUUGUUAAAAAUAUUUCUACGAUAUGAAAUGUUUUAUUUUUGCACAAUAAAAUGUUCCUUU